CUCCUUUUCAGAUCUCGUCUCGUCUUCCCCUCCAUUCCUUCGCUUUGCCGACGUUGGAAGCCACUCCGAGCCACGGAUUUCCAUUGGAUUUCUCCGAUUGAAUCUCGUUUUUCAGCAUCAAAGCUGAGGAUGCAUGGCGGUGAUCAAUCUUGAUUAGUUCUCUGUUCGUUUCCUCUCGGAUUCGCUGUAAAACCCUCUGAUUUGGCGGAGUUUGAGGCAUCUUUGAUGAGCUUCUCUGGUGGCGGAUUCUUGGUUUUAUCCAUGGAUCUUGGAUUGAAGCUUGUGUAGGAUGGGAUUCUUUCUGCUGGACGACGGACGAUUUCUCUGGUCGGAGAGGUAGGAGGGGAAUGAUGUUUUGGAGGGAGAAGGAGAGAGACAAUCGGGAGCAGAAUGGAGGCCCUCCUUGUGGCCAGGUUCGGGUACUCAUCGUCGGAGAUUCAGGUGUAGGUAAAACUUCUUUGGUGCAUCUAAUUGUCAAUGGUUCUUCCAUUUCUCGCCCACCACAAACAAUUGGUUGUGCAGUUGGUGUGAAGCACAUAACUUAUGGAAGUCCUGGGAGCUCUUCAAAUAGUAUAAAAGGUGAUGCAGAAAGGGAUUUCUUUGUUGAGCUUUGGGAUGUCUCAGGACAUGAACGUUACAAGGAUUGCCGGUCUCUUUUCUAUGCACAAAUCAAUGGUGUUAUAUUCGUACAUGAUCUCUCCCAGAGGAGGACCAAGUCAAGUUUACAGAAGUGGGCAUCGGAGAUUGCCGCAACAGGGUCAUUUUCAGCUCCUCUUGGAUCUGGUGGACCUGGAGGCCUUCCUGUUCCUUACCUGGUCAUUGCAAACAAAGCUGAUAUUGCAGCUGAAAAUAGCAGGAGUAGCAGUGGCAAUCUUGUGGAUGUUGCACGUCAAUGGGUUGAGAAACAAGGUUUACUGCCAUCCAGCGAGGAACUUCCUCUCAGAGAGAGUUUUCCGGGAAGUACUGGUCUACUCACAGCUGCGAAAGAAGCAAGAUAUGACAAGGAGGCAGUCAUCAAAUUCUUUCGCAUGUUGAUCAGGAGAAGGUACUUCUCUGAUGAGUUGCCUGCACCAAAUCCAUGGUCUAUUUCUCCAAUUCAAAAUUCCAUCAAUCAAUCUGACGAGAUUGUACUUGAAGGCGAUCCAUUUUACAAUCAUAAUUCAGUGAGUUUAAGUAGCGAAACAUAUAAAUACAAUGUGCACCCGCCACUUCCCGCACAGUGUAACCUUGCUCCACCUCCAACACUCUAUCCACAGCAGCCAAUGUCUGCAUCUGAGAAUUACAGGUACCCUAGAUACUCGGCAACUGGAUUGCCGGAGGUUUCAAGCAACAAGUCGAAUCGAGCAGAUAUUAAUGUGUGAUCAUCCGAGCGGCUUUUGUUUUGCUGCAGUCUGUCUUUGGAAGAGUGGGCAGUUCUAGCAGUUUUCAUCAUCUUGUUUAGCGCCACAAUGAUCUCUCAUUGCUUUGGUUGUGAUGCUCCACUUGUCAAUUUCUUCUUGUUUUCUAUAUUCUUUUUGCACGGUUCUUGGUUUGCGUCAUAUUUAGUAAUGGUUGAAAUCUUGCACAAUUCUUUGACAAUACUAUAACUUGCCAGAUACUUUGUACGAUACAACUUGAAUUAUAAAUCAAUGUUCGCUGACAUGAUUCAAUCUUUU